GCCAGUGGGGCGGGUGGAUCUUCCUCGAGCGAAGGAACUGCUGGAGGCGGUGAGGUUCGGGACCGGCGCGUUCUGGCCCCAAUCAUGGCCUCGGCUGAGCUGGCCCAGAAGCUGCAGCGCCGAUUGCUGCGGGACGGGAGUUGCUCGGAGCCCACCCCCGACAAGGAGGAGAGCGAGGAGGGGGUCGCUGUUGGGGGCGCGACGCCGGCAGGCUCUGAGGCUAGCCCGGGAGACACUGACGAAGACCGGAGCGUGGUGAGCACCGCGGCUGACCCGGAGCUGAGCGCCAAGUUGAGCCGCCGGCAAGACAUCAACGCGGGCGCAGCUCGACCCCGCUUCGCCCAGAUCUUCAAUCCCUACACCGAGUUUAAGGAGUUCUCCCGCAGGCAGAUCAAGGACAUGGAGCGCCUGUUCCGACUGUAUGACUCAGGGAAAGAUGGUUACAUUGACCUUAUGGAAUUGAAACUAAUGAUGGAGAAGCUUGGUGCCCCACAGACUCAUUUGGGCUUGAAGAACAUGAUCAAGGAAGUCGAUGAAGAUUUUGAUGGCAAACUCAGUUUCCGUGAGUUCUUGCUCAUUUUUCACAAAGCUGCAGCUGGAGAGCUUGAAGAAGACAGUGGUUUGAUGGCUUUGGCUAAACUCUCAGAGAUUGAUGUUGCCCUUGAGGGGGUAAAAGGAGCAAAGAACUUCUUUGAGGCAAAGGUUCAAGCAUUGUCUUCAGCCAGUAAGUUUGAAGCAGAAAUCAAAGCAGAGCAGGAUGAACGAAAACGUGAGGAAGAGGAGAAGAAGCACCGCAGAGCAGCUUUCCGAGAGCUCAAGUCAGCAUUCAGUCAAUAACUGAGGCAACUCAUCUGCCAGAUGAGACUGGUGUAUCUUCUUACAAGCUGUGCUGUGUAUUGGACACCCCUCUGGAGAGGAAUCAUAAUAGAUUUAAAGCUCUUUUUAAAAUAUGAAACUACUAUCAAGAUGCUUGAGCAUAUGCCACACACCACAGCAUUUGCAUCAUUCUGAAUGCCAAAAAUUAUCCAGGUGACCCUCUCGCUGUAAUGGGCAUGGCCAAAAAGAAUGGAAAUAUUCUAAUGCUGAAGGCCUAGACAGAAAAUUGGAGCACCAAAUAAGCAACAGUGGUACUAAACAAGUUCAUCUUGGUCAGAAAAUAGGUAGAAAAUCCCAUCUUACUCUCCAUUCUGAACAUCCCUUCCUUCAGCUUCCUUUCUCUGUAUCUUUUAGCUCCUAUAUUUCCCAAAGCCAUUUAUUACUUCCAGAGAAGCAGGGGCUUCUUUUAGAUAUAAACUAUGUUCCUUUCGUGUUCAAAUAAUUGUGCCAGUACCCUUUUAUGUUCUAAUUUUGCUUCACAUGCACUGUUUCCUAGCAAGCAGGCUUCUGGGGCAAUCCCAUUAACAAAGAUAAGGAGAGUGCCAUUUUUUUAAAUUCAACUGUGACAACUUUCUAUUCAAGGGUACAAGCACCCAUCACCAUGUUUUUUUAUGUGGACAUAAAUGUCUCUGCUCUAAGCAACAACAACAAAAGUCCCAUUAAUAUAUUUUCUGAUUCUAUCUAUCUGGUCACAUUCCAUUACAUUUUUGUUGUUGGGUCCAUAGACUUUUUCCAGUUUUGGGGGAGUUACACAUCUGACAGUCAAGUGGGUAAGAUAGUUUGGCAGUACUUCAGUUGUCCACCUCUGAAAAUCUUCUGUCCUCUUGUGGCCACAUGUGGGAAUGCAACUACUACUUUAGAGUUAUUACUUAAUCAAAAUUGCCAUUUCUGUUUAGCAGUGUUUCUACUUUGAAAGGGUAAUAGAUUUAGGUUCCGAAGCAUAUAUACAGUAGGUGGGUGCCAGCUUCUUUGCCAAGUCUGUUUUCAGUCAAUGUAACAGAUACCACAUUCCUUGUUUUUAGCUUCUUACAUUGUGAUACUGUGAGCGUGGAAUAGUGAAAAGGAGCCCAUCUCAUGUUAAACAAUGGAUAGGAUAACUGCUAAAUAAUUAAAACUUUAUUUGCAAGUCCACAGAUUAUAUUUGAUAAAAAUCACACUUUUUAGCUAAAAAAUAUUUAUAAUAAAUGUUUUAUACGUUACAAGGUUUGAAUUAUUUUUUCUCUUCUGUUGCUUAUACAAAUAAAACAUUUCUAACUUGCCA